AUGUCCAACCAGGAUUUGAAGGACGCAAUUCUCCGGCUCACCGAACUGGUAGCAAGUCAGCAACAACAGAUAUCACUGAUCAACCGGGCCGGUCAAGUCAACCAACCGGGAAGCGAGAGAAUCAUCGAAACGCUGGCCACGGGAAUUGAAGAUUUCUAUUACGAUCCUGACGGUGGAGUAUUUUUCGACGCUUGGUAUGCCCGUUACGAAGACGUUUUCAAGGUCGACGCAAGAAUCUGGACGAUCCGGCGAAGUAUCCUGCCCAAGCAUCCUCGCGAUUUUGGCCUGGACGAAACGGUCAACAAAUUCAAGAAACUCUACGGCCGACAGACCUCGCUCUUCAACGAUAGAUACCGCUGUCUCCAGUACAUUAAGAACGAUGCCGACGAUUUUUCAAGUUACGCUGCCUCCGUGAACAAGCACUGCGAAGCGUUCCAGCUUUCCAAGCUUUCGGAUGACCAGUUCAAGGCUCUUCGUUUUGUCUGCAGCCUACAGUCUUCACGGGAUGCAGACAUUCGGACACGCUUGAUCAGCAAGCUUGAAGCUGAAGAAACUGCUCCUCCGGCGGAAGGUACGAAGCUGACACUUGAAAACCUUGUCGAGGAGUGCCAUCGGUUCAACAAUUUGAAGCAGGACACGAAAAUGAUCGAAAAACCCGUUCCGGAGAAAUCCAUCGUCAACGCCGUUUCAUCGAAGCUUGCGAAAAAGAAGAAACCAAAAUCUCCAUGCUGGCUAUGCGGUGACCUACACUUCGUGAAAGAAUGCUCAUAUCAAGACCAUGUUUGUGGCAAGUGCAAACGGAAGGGGCAUAAAGAGGGAUACUGCUCUACGGCGGAAACGAAAUCCAGACCUGGAAGAAAAUUCGACAAAUCGAAGACGAAAGAGUAUGUGAAGUCUAAAGGAAUUUCGGUGAAGCGUAUCGACCUCCAAGGAAAAAGGAAAUUUGUCACCCUUGGAAUCAACGGAAAUCAGGCGACGCUGCAACUGGAUUGUGCAUCGGAUAUCACGAUUAUCGCUACACCGUCCUGGGAAGCAAUCGGGAAACCAGCUAUCGAAGCCUCGGAGAUCGCAGCUAUCAGCGCUUCCGGUGACAGAAUCAACAUCGUUGGCGAGUUCAAGGCCCAGCUUACCAUCAAGAAUUCAACAAACGAAGGUAUUGUCUACGUGUCAUCAAACCCAGAUUUGAAUGUCCUUGGAAUAGACACAAUCGAACUGUUCGAUCUGUGGGCUGUACCCUUCAAUUCGCUGGUGAACGCUGUCCAUCAAAAGCCGCAAGACACCGUUGAGAAGUUCCGUUUGAAGUUCCCCGAAGUGUUCCAAAGCUCACUUGGUAGGUGCACAAAAGCAAAAGUGAAACUAUACCUGAAACCCGAUGCCCGUCCAGUGUACUGUCCAAAACGACCAGUCGCAUAUGCAGCACUUCCAAAGGUUGAUGCCGAACUUCAACGCCUUCAAGACAAGGGAAUAAUCUCUCCAGUGAAGUUUUCCGACUGGGCCACACCGAUAGUCGUGGUCCGGAAAUCAGACAACGUGUCCGUUCGAAUUUGUGGCGAUUACUCUACCGGACUGAACAAUGCGCUAGAAUCAGAUGGACACCCACUUCCGCACCCAGACGAUAUUUUCGCUGAUCUUGCAGGCUGCCGAUAUUUUUCCCAACUCGACCUUUCGGAUGCGUACCUACAAGUCGAGGUUGAGGAGGAAUCGCAAAAGUACCUGACCAUCAACACUCAUCGAGGACUGUUCAAAUACAACCGCUUGCCACCUGGAAUUAAGUCCGCCCCCGGUGCAUUUCAACGAAUCACCGAUAGCAUGGUCGCCGGCAUUCCAGGAGUUAAACCGUAUCUGGAUGACAUCAUGAUUGCCGGUAGGACUAAGGAGGAGCACGACCAACGUCUCAAUGAAGUUCUGGAAAGGAUCAAGGCAUACGGAUUUCAUUUGAGGAUGGAUAAAUGCCGCUUUGGCCUUUCACAAAUCAAGUUCCUAGGACACAUCAUCGAUCAAGACGGCUUACGACCAGAUCCAGCGAAGACAAGUGCUAUUUCGCAGAUGCCAGCUCCCAAGAACGUGUCGCAGCUUCGAUCAUAUCUUGGAGCCAUCAAUUAUUAUGGACGUUUCGUCAAGCAAAUGAAGGAUCUUCGAGCACCCAUGGACUACUUGCUGAAGAAGAACGUUAAGUGGGAAUGUACGGAUAGCUGCCAGAAAUCGUUCGAGAAAUUCAAAACGCUGCUGAAAUCAGACCUGUUGCUGACCCAUUUUGACCCAAACAAGGACAUUAUUGUCGCAGGAGAUGCAUCAAAAGAUGGCUUUAUUUUGCAAACGGAUCACAAACCGCUACUCAAGGUGUUUGGAAGCAAGAAAGGCAUUCCUGUAUACACUGCCAACCGACUUCAACGUUGGGCUCUAACACUGAUGCUGUACAACUUCGACAUCCAAUUUGUGAAAACUGAGGAAUUCGGACAUGCUGACUUGCUUUCAAGAUUGAUGAAGUGCCAUGAACGAGUCGACGAGGAGUAUGUCAUUGCUUCUAUACAAAUGGAAGCCGAUGUUCAAGCCGUUCUCAGUGAUUCCACAUCAAGUCUACCAGUUACGUCAGAAAUGAUCGCUGCUGAAAGCUCGAAGGAUUCCGCUCUGAAAUCAGUUAUGCUUCACAUAAACGAAGGUUGGCCCGAACAUUCCACGGAGAUUAGUGACCCAGCCGUCCAGCAGUUUUUCACUCGCCGGGACAGUCUUCAGAUCGUCCAAAAAUGCAUCAUGUUCGGAGAUCGAGUUGUUGUUCCUGUUCGUUUUCGGAAACGCAUUCUUCAGCAGCUACAUAGAGGUCACCCAGGAAUGGACCGGAUGAAGUCGCUUGCAAGAAGUUUCGUCUACUGGCCCAAGAUUGAUGAUGACAUCGAAGUACUUGUCCGGUGCUGCAGAUCAUGUGCUGAAGCUGCCAAGUCACCUCGCAAAACGGAUUUGGAAUCGUGGCCUGUUCCAUCGAAGCCGUGGGAGAGAGUGCACAUCGAUUAUGCUGGCCCGAUUGACGGUUUCUACUAUUUUCUGGUAAUCGACGCUUUCUCAAAAUGGCCGGAAAUUUUUCGUACACGAAGCACUACCACAUCAGCGACGUUGGACAUACUUCAGGAAAUCUUUGCAAGAUUUGGUAACCCAAGGACACUCGUUUCGGACAACGGAACGCAAUUUGUUAGCGCCCGCUUCAAGCAGUUUUGUGAUGAAAAUGGAAUAACGCACUUGACAAUUGCACCAUACCAUCCGCAGUCUAAUGGACAGGCUGAACGCUUCGUAGACACCCUUAACCCUUUAUAA